UCCAAAAUUUCUCAAAAUAUCAGACAUUUGUUUUUUGGGUGAAACUUGAAGCUUUAUUGCUUCUGUGAGCUUUUGUAGCAAUGGAAACUUCAAGGAGUAAUAUAGUGGAGAAGAAAGGCAAUGAGCGGGGAAUAUUGGAGGAUGAUGCAGUGGAUGUUCCUGGGUCCAAGAAGCCAAAGUUGCCGGCUUUGGCAAUUGUAAUUGUGGAAGCUGUGAAGGUGUAUAGUUUGCAGAGACUUUGCUCAUCUUUGGCGCCUCUUCUCCGCAAAUUUGUGAGUCGUGAAGUCAUUUUUUUUCCUUGUUGAAAAAGAAAAAACAGAAUUCUCUAUUUUUGAAUAUGUUGUUCAUUUAAAUUAAUG